UUGGCGUCAGCGCAUCAUGGCAGGGUCAGAGAUGUACCCACCUCUGGCAGCCGAGUCAUGGCCAGCGGGGACCACCCUGCUGCCACCCCUGCUCACCUCCGACCCAGCUGACCUCAACAUGACCUCGGCUGACAACGGCACGGACACCGGCAGUCUGGGAGCCAUCUACUCGGCCACCCAAACGGCUCUCAUUGUCAUCGUGGCUGGCGUGCUCAUCUCCAUCACCGUGGUCGGCAACAUCAUGGUGAUGGUGUCGUUCCACAUCGACAAGCAGUUGCAGACCAUCAGCAACUACUUUCUGUUCAGUCUGGCGGUGGCUGAUUUUGCGAUCGGACUUAUCUCGAUGCCGUUGUUCACCGUGUAUCAGGUGAUGGGAAAAUGGGUGAUGGGACCGGUGGUCUGUGAUACGUGGUUAUCACUGGACUACUUGGCGUCGAACGCUUCCGUGUUGAACCUCCUCAUCAUCAGUUUCGACCGGUACUUCUCUGUGACGCGUCCGCUGACAUACCGAGCACGGCGCACGAACCGGCGAGCGGCAGCAAUGAUCGCCUGCGCCUGGGGCAUCUCCCUGGUCCUGUGGCCGCCCUGGAUCUACGCGUGGCCGUACAUCGAGGGCAAGCGAACCGUGGAGCCGGACGAGUGUUACAUCCAGUUCCUGCAAACGAACCACUACUGGACGUUCGGGACGGCGAUUGCUGCGUUCUACCUGCCGGUGCUGAUCAUGUGUGGACUCUACUACCGGAUAUGGCUGGAGACGGAGCAGCGGCAGCGGGAUCUGACCCACCUGCAGGCCGGCAAGAACAGCAGCAGGAGGUCCAACAGCAGCAGUGAGCCCGGAGACAGUUACGCUGUAACUCCGGAGCCGACUCGACGGGGCCGCCUGGAGCACGCCUCUUCAGGGGAGGGCGAGGAUAGCCUCAGUUCCGACACCAAACUCACCACACUCUUCAAACAGGUGGAGCCAACGCGUUGGCAGCGGGUGGCCGCCUGGUGUCGAGGAGAGUCCGGUCGUCGUCGGCACGUGCUGUCAGGCCUGUGCACGCCCACCACCACAGACACACCUCUACCGGGAGUACCUCGCUGGUUAGCUCUGGCCGGCGGAGCACGCCUGCUCACACCUAAACCCCACCCGAAGCUGCGUCACACCCGCAGUGAUACAGCUGCCGGAACGGCCUACCUGAGCCGCUACGGGCGUCAUGAGGUACCGUCACCUCUACCGGCGCUCCGGAGUCUCAGGAGGAAUCGUAGCGCCGGAGCGCUCGGGCGUGCGUCUCCCUCUCCGUCUGGAGAUUCGGUCUACACGAUCGUCAUCAAGCUGCCCGAGGCGCCGACUGCGGCCGGCAACUCGGGCAGCAUCACGAUGCGCUGUGAGCCCGAGUCUCCGGCGCUCAGCCGCGUCAUGGGCGUGUCGGCUGUGACAGACGUGUCUGCCGUGACGGAGGUGAGCGGCGUGACGGAUGUGACGGACCCGCACCAGCCACACUGUCCCCUGAGCCGGGCGGCGAGCCGGCGAGCGCGCGCCGACGACGACGAGCUGAGCUCGGACGGAGGUCUUCCGCUGCCGCCUCCGCCGCCCGUCUCCCGCCGACCCUCUCAGCUGCCCGACUUUCGGAUCCCGCUGAACGCGCGCGUCAUCCCCAAACAGCUGGUGCGCAUCCACAACCCCAAGAAAAAGAAGAAGCGCGAAGAGAAGAAGCAGGACCGGAAGGCGGCCAAGACGCUGUCGGCCAUCUUGCUAGCGUUCAUCAUCACAUGGACGCCAUACAACGUGCUGGUUUUGAUCCGAGUAAUGUUGGAGUGUGACGACUGCAUCCCGCAUGAGCUGUGGAACUUUUCCUACUACCUCUGCUAUAUCAACUCCACCGUGAACCCGCUCUGCUACGCCCUGUGUAACGCCUCGUUCCGGAGGACGUAUGUGAAGAUCCUGACGUGCACUUGGCACAAGAACAAACGUCAAGCUGCCGGAAGGCUGCAUUACAAUUAAAGCGGCCAGUGGCUGAGUGCAUCCGCUUCUGUCUGUGUGCAUGUUUGUGUGUUUAUGCUUGUUGAGCUGACGUAUGUGGGAUAUGAAGGACGUCGUCAUAGCGAUGCCCGAACGAUGCUUCCUUUCAUUCGGGUUUGCUUGGAGUCAUUUCUGUCUCGCCAUGUCACGAUGCUGAACCCCGUCUCAAAACUCGUGGAUGGUUAUCAGGCUGGAUAGGUCAGUCGUUUCGGGCACUGUCGGCGACGUGUCUGUCGUAGGCCGCGUACAAAUCUGAUCUGUUCAGGUGCUGGUGAAGAUAUUCAAUGCAUAGUGGUAUAGCUAUUUUAUCUUAUUAAUAAUCCGAUCGCUGAUAUUUAAUCUCACCUUGAUUAUUUACACAACUUCAUGUUCAUUCCGUAAAAUAAUGAUCAAUUCUUUGCGUAAGUUUAAGUGUUAUUAGGUAUAGCGUGCUCGCAGUUCAAUAAACACUUCUUAUGGUUUUAAGACGGCACACAGAAAACAACAACAAAGUGAUUACAAUUCUGACGGCACAAAUUCAGUUUUCAAUUUAUUCGAUAUUUUAUUGGACAAUCUAAUGGCUCGAAAGUCAUGGUUAGUGCUUUAAACCGGUCCGGCAUACAUUUUUGUUCCACAAUUUAUGUUCGCUUAUGUCUAUCGUGGGUGAUUCAUAAGGGACCAUAUCUGCCUGCGCGCACAAGAUAUGACACAAUAGUUUCGAUGUUGCCCGCUUACCGAGAAUCAAUAACGUGGAAUCGGCUCGAAAUCCUAGAUUAAAGUCUUAAGAAGCGAGAAGCAUCAGAGCGGCAAAGCGUUUUAGCCAGUUCGAGAGACACAAAAGGAGAGAGCACUAGGUAUUUCACACAUAAAGUAGCAGCUGACUAAAUGCAAUAAAAACUUCACUCAUGUUUGACCGUUCGGCCUGAAAUGAGAUCAAAUAAAGUAUCAAAUACCAAUAAAUCGAAUACCAAGCUGGCUACUUUGUGGACCAUUUCACGUUAAUCUUUGAAUGUUUGCGUCAGUUAGCGGUACCUAACUAUACAAAAAUUAAAGCGCAUCUUAAGGCUUGUAGCUUUAAAGAGCUACAUUUCUGCGCAUCAGUAGAUGUCAAUUGCUGCUUUUGUACAAUGCCGCGUUGAGAUAUUACGACGCAAUGUGUUUCAGUAGCCAGUAUUUGUCAUUCAGCGUGAGGGAGUGAAGACGGUUUGAUCUCAAGUCACUCAUCUCAAACACUAUUAUUUUCAUUAAUCGCAUUCAUUAAUUGCGAGAUGCCUGCGGGGGUCCAGCGAGUGUAGUCAUGACUCAAGCUUGACUCUCAUGAAAAUUGUCGCUUAACUGGGUAGGUAGCCCGAUCAUUCAUAGGUAAGGAAACUAGAAUUACAAUUCUCGCAACCUCUGUGGAACACAUAUUGAAAAAUGAAAAGUGGCGUACCUAAUAAUAGUCCUAAUAACGGUCAUGGCAAGGGUUUCUCGUCUUACUGCCAGUCCAGUUGUCCAAUCAUGUGUGAAAUGCUUUACGUAGGCAGGCGCAUAAACACACAAUGACUGUUAACGAAUGCGGCAUACGCUUCUAGAAGAUUCCGAUGCUCUUGAGAGGGACCGAUAACUUUCGUCAUACCUUUCCGUAAUCAGUGAUAAAGUAAAAGGCAAACCAUGCAACAUUCCAAUCGUGGUGCCUGUUCACUUUUAUCUUAUGUCCAAAGUGUUUCUCCGAAAUGUUAUGCUGACUAGCUGUAGCCCAUAUCACACAACGGGGAUUGUAAACGCUACAUUGAGAAUGUGACGUGCGCGGCCAUGCUACUGUGUAAAUAAUGUGCUAAAACUUUGUCAUGUUCUGACCAAUGUGUGACGGUUCCGGGA